GAUACUCAACCCCCUCAUCCAACAUCACCACCUGAACCUUACGAUAACUACCUUUCCGCUCUUACAUUUGAAAUUUCAUACCUGACCAUCUCUACUUCAACUCCCCGCGAACUUCCAAAAAACCAGCCACCAUGGAUCGCAUCAAGGAAAAAAUGAACUCUCUCCGCAUCGAGGCGGAUGAGGCAACUGCGAAGGCUCAAGAGCUCCAGGAGAAGGUCAAGACGCUUGAGCAGGAGAACUUGGCCAAGGAGCAGGAAGUCACAUCUCUUCAACACAAGAACGGCUUAUUGGAGGCUGAGGUAGAGAAGCUGGAGACACACAACAAGGAGAUCAAGGCUACAGCUGAGGAGAGCACCCAACACGGCCACCAGAACGAGACCCUGCAGCGCCGUCUCCAGCUCCUUGAGGAGGAGGCAGAGGAGGCAGACAAGAACCUGCGCGAGACAAAUGACAAGCUCCGUCAAACAGACGUCAAGGCUGGCCACUUCGAGCGCAAGGUUAAGGCGCUCGAGAACGACAGAGACUCAUGGGAGGCGAAAUACGAGGAGAUGGCUGAGAAGUACGCCAAGGUACAGAAAGAGCUGAAGGACUUCCAGGACGAGAUUGGCCAAAUCUAGUAUCAAGGGCCACGACCUACCUUCCCGUUUUACGCGCGUCACAUUGCGAUUUCAGUUUAGGCAGUAAUCACCCGGCGGUUCACACCGUUAUUCCUCAUAUCGCUUAUGUCUUUACGACUGUCCGCCAUAGAAGUUCCUGUUACUGCUGUUUGGGGUGGACGAGCUUCUUCCUGUAAUCACAGGCCACUUAAAACAGAUAUCACGUUUCCAAAACUAUGAUAUUAU